ACAGCGGCGAAACCCCACCUCCUCCCAGUCUCAGACGCGAGUUCUCCCUCUCCUCCACCCAUCAUGCUCGACGGCGACCACUACAGCCCCUUUCAGAGGAGCGACGGCGGCGAGGCGUGAAGCAGCACCCUUCCUUCUCUUCGCAGCGGCUCUAUCGGCGAGAACAGCAGCGCCGUUGGAGGACAUGGGAGCAGCAGUGGCAGUGGCAUUCCCGGCUGCCAGGCAUGGCGGCGCGACUGAUUUCUCCCCCGGGAAUGGCUGUGACAGAACCAGCGUCUCCUUCUUCCGUUCACAAUCCCAGCGGCAACCACAGUGGUGGUUCUGGUCAGCUCUGGCGGCAGUGGGCUCCGGCAACUUGCAUAAUCCCGAGGCAGAAGCAGACAGCAACUCCGGUGGUCUUCUCCGGCGACGACACCAGCCACCACGGGGACGGCGGCGGUGAGACCCCAACAGCGGCGAAACCCCACCUCUUCCCAGUCUCAGACGCGAGUUCUCCCUCUCCUCCACCCAUCAUGCUCGACGGCGACCACUACAGCCCCUUUCAGAGGAGCGACGGCGGCGAGGCGUGAAGCAGCACCCUUCCUUCUCUUCGCAGCGGCUCUAUCGGCGAGAACAGCAGCGCCGUUGGAGGACAUGGGAGCAGCAGUGGUCGAACAAGAACGCCAUGAGGCUGAGGA